AUGGCGUCGGUGUGGAAUCCCGAAAACGUGACAGAUGUCGCAGAAUCGGUGGGCAUCGCCGCACUGAAUCGCGAGGUCGCUGAGCAUCUGGCGCGGGACGUAGAAUAUCGCAUUAGCCAAGUGCUGGAAGAAGCGCUGAAGUUUAUGCGCCAUGCGAAACGGACGACGCUCACGACACAAGACAUAUCCCAGGCGCUGCGAGUGCUGGAUGUUGAGCCACUGUAUGGCUAUGAAUCCACGCGACCACUGCGCUUCGGCGAGGCCUCGAUAGGACCGGGGCAGCCGCUGUUCUACGUCGAGGAUGAGGAGGUCGAUUUCGAGAAGUUGAUCAACGCGCCACUGCCCAAAGUACCGCGCGAGAUCAGCUUCACUGGCCACUGGCUGGCCGUGGAGGGAGUACAGCCGAGCAUACCGCAAAAUCCAACACAGGCGGAUCAAAGAGGGCAGGAACUGGCUGGGAAAGGACAAGGCGCCAACACUCUGGCUGCUCUCAGUGGAAAUGAUAACGUGGCGGUCAAACCGCUCGUCAAGCAUGUGCUAUCAAAGGAACUCCAACUGUACUUUGAGCGCAUCUGUGCUGCUAUACUGGAUGAAGACAACAUGGAGUAUCAGACGGCUGCUUUCGCAUCGCUGAGGUCGGAUCCAGGGCUGCACCAGCUCGUACCUUAUUUCAUUCAGUUCAUCGCAGACAAGGUCACGCACGGUCUCAAAUCACUCUUCAUUCUAGCUCAAAGCAUGCGAAUGGUGGAAUCACUGCUAGCAAAUGCGAGUCUCUACAUUGCACCAUACGUAUCUGCACUGAUACCCGCAAUCCUGACUUGCGUGGUCGGCAAGCAUUUGGGUGCUGCUUCGAAAGACCAGGGGGAAGGUCAUUAUGCUCUUCGCGCAUUUUCCAGCAGCUUGCUUUUGAGAAUUGCACAAAAGUAUGGGGACAGCUCCUCUACGCUCAAGCCUCGUAUCGCUCGAGCUUGUCUGAAGCACUUCCUCGAUUCACACAAGCCUUAUGGGACUCACUACGGCGCAGUUCUCGGGCUGACGGUCAUCGCUGGAUCGGCUGGUGUGCGUUCAUUGAUUUUGCCUAACCUGCAAGCGUAUGACUUGCAUCUUCAGGAAGGCCUCAAGGACGAUGCCAAGCGGCCUCAUGCCUUGAAAGUGGUCGAGGCGGUCGUGUCGGCGCUGGAACUUCUCGAGCAGGAUGCUAUCAAGUACAAUACCGCUCAGACGAACGGGCAUCCGGAGGGGGAGGCACUGAAAGAGCGGCUGAAUGAGCUGCUGGGAGUGGCAAUUGCUCAGGCUGUUCUGGACAAAGACCGCCCAACUUUGGUGUAUGCUGUGCUGGAAAAGGAAGUCGAGCUUUGA